AGACAACUGAGUGAAGCUACCCCUCCGAACAAUCAACGGAGAGCGAGUUAGCCUUCAAUAGCUAGUUUUGACGGGAAAAGUUCCGUCGCGGAUGAGGAAAGAGUUAAAGAGGCGCAGUCGCCACCGCCGGUGAGCUGAAGUCAUUCGCUGAGCGCGCGGUAUACUUCAGGCAGAGGACACCACUUCACGUGAGCGCCUCGAAGCCAUCAAAGAGCUCAAAGGCUCAACGAACGGAGCCCGCCGGUUCUUUAUGGAGCUGCUAGAUUUUAACACACUGUACGUUUCAGCGGUAUAGGUUGGACUAGAGCAACACGGGCAAGACGCGGCUCAACUAUGGCUGAGGCGAGGGUUCUUGGCAAGCUGACGGACUCUCCUUCCCCAGAGUAUACAGUAGUGAGUGAUAAGAGGUCGCGCCGUCUCUGGAACCUGACAGGAAAUCAUUUUUGACAGCUCAAAGCACGUAAACAAACACGCGCUCCUCUCCCUGGAAACUGGAAACUGUCUCGCGAUCUCCCCGCCGCGCGGACAAGCCGCUGUUCCAGUACGCUCUCUCCUCCUGAGAGAGACACUGCAGUCGAGUUGUUUCCGAUGAAGUUCCCUAAACUUGGGUUUGAGGAUUAUAGUAUUUAUUUUUCAAUGAAGAAAUUAAUUUAUUGAACAUUGUCUAUUCGAAGACAGACGGCUAAGAGGCCAGUGUUGGUGUAAAAAAACUUACAGCAAAGAUGCCGGUCCGACGUGGUCACGUGGCACCACAGAAUACUUUCCUUGAUACCAUUAUAAGGAAAUUCGACAGUCAAAGCCGCAAGUUCAUCAUCGCAAACGCCCGCGUGGAGAACUGUGCCAUCAUCUUCUGCAACGAUGGCUUCUGUCUCAUGUGUGGCUACACGCGCGCGGAGAUCAUGCAGAAACCGUGCACGUGUAACUUCCUGUACGGGCCACACACCAAGCGGCUGGCCAUCGCCCAGAUGACCCAGGCCCUGCUGGGCUCCGAGGAGCGCAAGGUGGAGAUCAACCUGUACCGCAAAGAUGGGGGGGGCUGGGGGGCCAGGGGGGCCGAGGCGCGGGGGUCCUGGGUGGACCAGGUGAGUGAGGUGUCGCUGGGAGGCAGAGACAGCCUGUCUCAGGAGGGAGGCAGGAGCGGCCGUGUGCACAGAGCUGUACGCAUCUCCUCCAUCGUAGCUCAGGAGGUGUUGUCUCUGGGAGCUGACGUCCUCCCUGAGUACAAGCUCCAGGCCCCUCGCAUCCACAAGUGGACGGUCCUCCACUACAGCCCCUUCAAGGCAGUGUGGGACUGGCUCAUCCUGCUGCUGGUCAUCUACACGGCCAUCCUGACGCCCUACUCCGCAGCCUUCCUCCUCAGUGAGCAGGAGGAGGCAGCCCUGCACAGCUGCGGCUACUCCUGCUCCGCGCUCAACGUGGUGGACCUCAUGGUGGACAUCAUGUUCAUCAUCGACAUCCUCAUCAACUUCAGGACCACCUACGUCAACGUGAACGAUGAGGUGGUGAGCCAUCCGCUCCGCAUCGCCGUGCACUACUUCAAGGGCUGGUUCCUCAUCGACAUGGUGGCCGCCAUCCCUUUCGACCUGCUCAUCUACCGCAACGGGGAGGAGACGACCACUCUGAUUGGCCUGCUGAAGACAGCCCGUCUCCUCCGAUUGGUCCGCGUGGCCCGGAAGCUGGACCGCUACUCUGAGUACGGUGCUGCCGUCCUCUUCCUGCUCAUGUGCACCUUUGCGCUCAUUGCCCAUUGGCUGGCCUGCAUCUGGUACGCCAUCGGCAGCGUGGAGCGCAACGGCUCCAUAGGCUGGCUCCACUCGCUGGGCGACCAAUUAGGGAAGCACUACAACGACUCGGACCCGGGGUCGGGUCCAUCCAUCAAGGACAAGUACGUGACGGCUCUGUACUUCACCUUCAGCAGCCUGACCAGCGUGGGCUUCGGGAACGUCUCCCCCAACACCAACUCUGAGAAGAUCUUCUCCAUCUGCGUCAUGCUGAUUGGCUCCCUCAUGUAUGCCAGCAUCUUCGGGAACGUGUCGGCCAUCAUCCAGCGCCUGUACUCGGGCACGGCGCGCUACCACACCCAGAUGCUGCGGGUGCGAGAGUUCAUCCGCUUCCACCAGAUCCCCAACCCCCUCAGGCAGCGCCUGGAGGAGUACUUCCAGCACGCCUGGUCAUACACCAAUGGCAUCGACAUGAACGCUGUCCUGAAGGGCUUCCCAGAGUGUCUCCAGGCAGACAUCUGCCUCCACCUCAACCGGACUCUGCUGCAGAACUGCAAGGCCUUCAAGGGCUCCACUAAGGGCUGUCUGCGGGCGCUGGCCAUGAAGUUCAAGACCACCCACGCCCCGCCCGGCGACACGCUGGUCCACGCCGGAGAUGUGCUCACCGCCGUGUACUUCAUCUCCAGAGGCUCCAUCGAGAUCCUGAGGGGAGACGUGGUGGUGGCCAUCUUGGGGAAGAACGACAUCUUUGGAGAGCCCAUCAACCUCUACGCUCGCCCGGGGAAGUCGAACGCUGACGUGAGGGCGUUGACCUACUGCGACCUCCACAAGAUCCAGCGUGAGGACGUCCUGGAGGUGCUGGACAUGUACCCAGAGUUCUCUGACCACUUCUGGAGCAACCUGGAGAUCACCUUCAACCUCAGAGACACCAACAUGAUCCCUGGUUCUCCGAGCAGCGACGACUCAGACUGCGUUGGGUUCAACCGCCUCCGGAGACGCAAAUUAUCAUUCCGCCGGCGCACAGAGAAAGAUGAUGCAGACGCAGGGGAGGUUAAAAAAUCCCAGAAGCCAGUGCGGCGAAGAAACAAGGAGGCAGCCAGUAACCAGGGGGAGGAGUUUAAGCCGGACUGGGAGGGGCCUCGUAGCUCCGUGUCGUCCAGCGGAGACGAAGCGGAGGAGUUAGUCGUCACAUGCCCUGCCCCUCCCUUUGCAAUGUCAGAGACACAGCAAGCUCAGGCCACGCCCCUUAACUUCAGCGAGACGACCGAGGGCGACGCCCAGACAGGAAACACCUGCAGCGCCCUCUCAGGUGCGUUCUCAGGUGUGUCCAACAUCUUCAGUUUCUGGGGGGAGAGUCGAGGGCGUGAGUACCAGGAGCUGCCUCGCUCCCUGCCCUCCCCGCCCCCCCUCAGCAACCCACUGCACAGCAUCAGCCGGCGGCAGCGCGGGGAGCUGGAGAGCCGUCUGGACACCCUGCAGGUGCAGCUCAACAGGCUGGAGACUCGCAUGUCCACAGACAUCGGGGCCAUCAUGCAGCUGCUCCAGCGUCAGAUGUCCCUGGUUCCUCCAGCCUACAGCACAGUGUCCUCCCCCCCCCAGACCUCCCCCAGCCCCGGCCCUGGCCCCGGGGACACACUGGUUCAACCUGCCGUCCCACUGGAACCAGAAACACUGUCCUCACUGUCACAGGUCCUGAGUUGCUCUGUGGCUCCUCCCCAGGUCCUGAACCUGGAGGACUUCCACUCCUUCCCCAGCGGUCCAGGGGGCUCUGAGGGCAGCCUGGCAGAGCUGCCCUCCCAGGACCCUCCUCCUGCCAGCCCCCCCAACACACACACCACCCCCCCGGGACCCGGGUGGGCCAGGCUGGGGCUGGGGGCCGGGGCGGGGGUGGAGGCAGGGGGGCAGGGGUAG